GGGGCGUGGUACUACCCCAUAUGGAGCUGAGAAAGCAUAAAGCAAGGGAAUCUCUCUUCAGCUUCACGGUGACGCGAUCAUCUCAUCUUGGCCAGCCUAAAUUCUUACAAUGUCUAGUCGUCGCUCGAAGGCCAAGGCGGCCAUAGUGAAGGACUCCAAAUCCGAGGAUCUGGACAAUAUAGUAGGGCACUGGAAGGUUGACUGUGUGUCGUUCAGCAAGACUGACUCUAUGCAACAAACCUUUCCUGACUACGCUGGGGUGGAGGUCUCGCUGGAUGACGGGUGCGACAUCACGUGGACCCUCCCCUCCACUGUGGAGAUGGACCCUCUCUUCUGCACAACCAACUUUAGCAUUGACAAGACAACACUAGAACUGUUUGGAGGACAAGAUGGCAAGAAGUUCUCUUUUGAUAUUGAGGAGAAGGAGGGCGGGGCGUUGCUAUUGGAGACCAACGUGGAAGCGUUAAACGAUGAUGGAGAGGAGGAUGAGGAAAUGAGCGGAGUGAUGAUACUCACUCUCGUUAAGGCACCUCGUCCUAUAGAGGAUCAGUUGGAGGGCUUCACUCUGCAGGGGGCGCUGGACGAGGGGUACUUUAGUGACCUCACCGUGACCUCCAGCGAUGGUGUAGAGUUCAAAGUUCAUCGUACCAUCCUUUCGAACUCCCUCCCCUCAAUGUCAUCCAGUGACUGGCAUGUGUUAGUAGCCUCCCUCAAAUCACACCUCGUGCGGAUUGUCCUCAGCUAUGUGUACACCCACCGUCUGCCGACUUUGUUGUCCCUGGCAGCGGCUAGGGAAAUAGUGGCGGUGAUCUCUCCCCACCCACGCCUUGGUCACCUGACCCAGCUGUGUAGUACCUUCAUAGGCAGUCACGAUCUCAAGCAAAGGCUCAUGGGGCUGGUGGAUGACCUCCAGACAUGUCUGCAGCUGGCCAAGGGAAUGAUAGACAGUACAGACGUCGCCAAUCCAGUUAAGAUCACUUACAGCCUCAAACAACUUGUCAAAGAGGCAGCUGUAGGUGCUGCCAAGUUUGGGUUGCUGUGUGAGCUGUACUCACGUAACAAGAGAGAGAUGAGCAAGCCUGAGAAGCAAGAGGUGUUGGAAUAUGUCAGGGCUAGGGUGGUCGUGUUUAUUGACCUCUUGUGUGAGCUGAUAGACUCGGCUGUCUCCAAGUACACCUCCCUCACCGAGGCACAGAGACUAGAGACUGCCACUUACAUCAUACCAGAGGUUGAGAAAGUGUGGGACCUGAUCAACACGACGUGUGGUGAUGUCAAGACAGCCAUGGCCUUUCGUCUCGGCUCACUCUCCAAGAAGAAGGUUCCUAAGAGACCAGUGCUCAAGCUCUCUCUACUACUCCAGUUAAUCUCAAGGAGCAAGGAAGCAAAGAGACUCUAUACUAUGAAGAAGGAGUUUGACGACUUCCUACAGACCUCAAACAGCAAGAGGGAGGGCUUCAAAGAGAUGAAUGAAGGCGACAGAGUGGCCAAGAUCAUGAGAGCUAUAGAAGGCCUUGAGAAAGAAGGCAUCGGACAGAGAACGCAGUUGCAGGCUGGCAAAGGUCACAUUCUAAUGGACAACGCUCUAGACUGGAAGAAGUUCAAAGUACUCACAUCGCUAUGUUGUACCUAUGUGUCAUGGGGAGUACGGAGGGCGCAGUAUCUCAAGGAGCCAAUGUUGCCGUCAAUUCUCAAAGCCUGCAAGUUUGUAGGUCGACCAGAACUCAACGAAGCUCUCGUGUACCUUGACCUCUUGACAGAGAGCGACCUGAGGUCGUUACGAGCGGACGAGGAUGAUGAGGGGGCGUGUCAUGUUGCUAUGCCCCCCAGUCUAACGUCUAAGGGAGCCUCCGAUAACCUCCUGGCUCAGGGAUGCUACAAACUACUCGGAUCAGACAUACUCACUGACAUGGAGUUCGUACUAAUAAUUGAUGGGGGUGUGGUCUCUGGUGAAGGGGGUGUGGUCAUCAAAGCCCACCGUGUGAUAGUGACAAGUCGGUGUGAGUGGAUGAAGCGAGCCCUACUCUCUGGUAUGAAGGAAGCCAUUGAUAAACGCAUCGUAGUGAGGGAUUGCAGUGAGAGCACCUUCCGUAUGUUCCUCCGCUAUCUAUACGGGGGGUGUGCGGAGCUAGAGACCACACCCACUGACGAGGUGGUGGACUUGCUGGCCGCUGCCGACCAGUACGAGACGAGUGUACUGCGUGGGCGGUGUGAGAGUUGUCUAGUGGAGCGUGUGGAAGAUGUGACUGUGUUCCCGCUAUUGCAAGUGGCUGAUAGGUACAGCGUCAAGCGUCUCAGAGAGGCGUCUUUGCAAUACAUUCUGAAUGAUCCUGAUGUGAUCAUGAGAGAAGUGGACGGCUACUGUGACCUUGCUGAUGACCUCAAGCAAGAGCUACGUAGCCUGUUGUCAUCGGCAACGGACCCUCACCUCAUGUUGCACUAUCAAGGUGUCACGAGUAGAACCACCAGGACGUCCAGCUCUUCUGACAGCUCUUCCGACAUCAUCCCCUUACAGAGCUACGAUGGGAGCACUCCCCUCCAACUAGACGAGAACUACCAAGACCCCAACACCAUUGAGUUCCAGGCCAUUCUAGAAGAGGUGAAGGCCAUAGUGGGCAGUGAGGCAGAUGAAGAAGUACUGAAGGAGCUGCUCAUGCAAGCUGACAUGGAUGUCAAUAGGGCUAUCAAUUUCUACUAUAAUAUUGACUAACACUAUUUGUGUGUGUGUGUGUGUCAAUGGUGGUUUUUAUAGCAUUAUUUAGGACACUGACUCUGUGUUACUGUAAGCUGUGUGUGUGUGUGUGUUUUCAGGGUUUUUUUUAUGAGAAAUUUGUCACAUGA